UUGGCUGGUAGAGAUUUCCCUGAACUAGGGGAAAGGUUGUGUUCUGAAAAAAUGAGAAAGUAGCUCGCUUUGAAUUCGUUCAGUGUACUGUUUAUUGCUCCGAACAUAGCUGCAAAUAAUAGCCAAUUGUAGAACAGUCUUAGGGGGGGCAAAAAAAAAAAAAAAAAUGUCGGCUUCUAAAAAGUUAGUGGAAUUAUUCUAUGACGUGGUUUCACCAUACUCUUGGAUUGGAUUUGAGAUCUUGUGUCGAUAUCGUAAUGUCUGGAAUAUAGAUGUGAGGCUGCGACCAGGAUUUUUGGGUGGAGUCAUGCAAGGAGCAGAAAACAAACCUCCUGGAUUUGUGCCACGGAAGUUUGAAUAUAUGAAGAAGGAUUUGCAUCGAUUGGGUUGCUACUUCAACAUUCCCCUCGCCCAGCCACAGAAUCCUGCUGAAGUUAUGUUUGUCAAAGGAACCCUGCAAGCAAUGAGAUUUGUGACUGCAGCAAAUAUUCUGCAACCAGAACUGACCGAGGUUUUGUCCCGAGAACUGUGGAUGAGAAUUUGGAGUCGAGAUGAGGAUAUAACUGAACCUGCUUCUUUUCAAGCAGUAGCCACUGCUAUAGGACUUUCUAAAGAUCAGGCAAUCAAACUUAUUGAAUUUUCUAAAUCUCAAGAAGUCAAAGACAGCCUGAAAUCUACAACCCAAGAAGCACUCGACAAUGGGGCAUUUGGUUUCCCAUUUAUCAUUGCACAUGUUGAUAGUAAGAAAGAAGUAUUCUUUGGCUCAGACAGAAUGGAGCUACUGGCUCAUUGCCUUGAAAGAUCAAGUAAUGCCACGGCAACUUCUAACACCACAAGUUCCGUUUGCCCCACAGGAGACACGCUCUGUAUUGUUCGAGUGUAUGAGACAGAAGUGAUCGUCGUUCCAACUCUUCUGGUGGCUGGUUUCAUCAUCAUUUUCACAUGCAUCUUGGUCCUCAGGUUCUGUCCAGAUUGUAAAAACAGAGGAAGGCACAGAAAGACCCAAUCUACCUAUGGAACGACAGACAAUGUAUAUCAUGUGCAUCAUUUCCAAAAUGAUAUUGCUCUUCAAGAGUCUCACGGUCAGAUGAUAGACCCCUUAGAAAUCCCCCAUGAAAAACUGCAAGGAGAAAUGAAACAUCUCCCUCUCACAGCUUCGGCAGAGGCCUUGAUGCAGAGGCCAUCAGUCAUCUCUAAAGCAAUGGUCACUCUGAUGCAGGGAGAUCUGGUCACUCAGACUGAUCCUUUAGUGAAGAGGAGAGUUGUCGUACGGGCACUUAACAAGCUGGCCACUCCUGUAGAGGCACAGGAAUUCCUCAGCCGAGCCAGGUUUGAGGCAAGACUGGGAAAGCACCCAAACAUAGUGGAGGUCCUGGGGGUGUGUACCACUGGCCCUCCACUACAGAUUAUUUAUGAAGAAAUAGAAAACCAGGACCUCCUUAGCUUCUUGUGGAAGUGUAGAAGGGAUUUCAUGCAAAUGGCUACAGAGGUGCCAUGUGACCUGACGGAGAAAGGGAUCUUUCGGAUUGCUCAAGAAGUGGCAUGUGGACUGGAUUACAUUCAUGAAAAAGGCUACCUCCAUGGUGAUAUAGCAGCUCGCAGUGUUUUAAUUGGAAAAGACAUGUCGGCUAAAUUAAGUGGUUUUGGCAGAUCCUACCACUGCAAUAGAAGAGGGGCACCAACAUGGGAAGGGUUUAACAAAUGGCUGGCUCCUGAAAGACUCGCUAAAAGACCUGCAACUAAGAGGAGUGAUGUGUGGUCUUUUGGUGUUCUGCUCUAUGAAAUCAUAACUCUGGGCGAGGCUCCUUUUCCAGACAUUGCAUGUAAUGAGAUGCUUCAGCACUUGCAGAGAGGCCACACACUUAAAAGACCCCCAAAUUCCAGCAAUGCAUUGUACACCAUUAUCAGGGGAUGCUGCCAAUGGCAACAGAACAAGAGGCCCAGCUUGAUGGACCUUAAACGGCGCCUACAGCUAGGAGAAAAACAAGCAAAUGACCAAGUCAUUCUACGAGUGCCAGAAAAAAUCAGUAUUGGAAAAUAUAUGAAGGAAGCUGGGCUUCUGCAGCAAGAAAACUAUGCAAUACUGUAAUUUCCCGUUCUUCUGCCAAUUUAUACCACAUGGAGAU